AUGUCUGCUCAGGCUGCCAACAGUGCUACUGGCGAAGCUGCCGGUGCUGCCGCUGCCCCUCAGAAGCCGUUCCAGACCAAGCUCGUGCUUCUCGGUGAAGCCGCGGUGGGCAAGUCGUCCGUCGUGCUUCGCUUUGUUCAGAACGACUUCCAGGAGAACAAGGAGCCUACCAUCGGAGCUGCUUUCCUUACCCAAAAAUGCCGUCUCGAAGACCGACUGAUCAAGUUUGAGAUCUGGGAUACCGCAGGACAGGAGCGAUUCCACUCGCUCGCUCCCAUGUACUAUCGCAACGCCCAAGCCUCUGCCGUCAUCUACGACGUGACCAAAGCCAGCUCGUUCGAAAAGGCCAAAUCAUGGGUCAAGGAACUGCAGCGUCAAGCUAACCCCAACAUUGUCAUCGCGCUCGUCGGCAACAAGAUCGACCUGCUCAAAGAAGCAUCCUCUUCCUCCAACGCCAAUGCAGAGACGGAAGAAGAGGACGACGAUGAGACGGCAACCACCACACCGGAAGCGACGGGAGACUCGUUGAGGGCUGUACCGAAGGACGAAGCUGAGGCGUAUGCCAAGGAAGCCGGUCUGCUGUUCUUCGAGACUUCGGCCAAGACGGGUGAAGGUGUGGUGGAGGUGUUUACCGAGAUCGCAAAGAAGAUCCCGAUCGACUUGCAUCUGGCGAGAAACGCUGCUGCCGGCCCAGCCGGUGGGAACGGUGCCCGACAGGCGAGUGGUGGUCAGGCUGGUGGUGUCGAUCUGCAGAGCAACCAGCAGGGAAACAGAAAGGACGCUUGCAACUGUUGA